GACCUUUAAACAAAUCAUUUCAUCUUUUUAUUAAGUAGUCUAUAUCUAAAGUUAUGGCUUUAGCUCUUAUGAUGAUUCUCCUUUUCAUUGCCACAGGUGAUCCUUCCGUUGCAUCUGCACAUAGAUCAAGUGAGACAGACAAACAAGCAUUGCUCGAAAUUAAGUCUCAAAUAACUGAAGAUCCUUUGCAGGUCACGAGUUCAUGGAACGAGUCCCUCCAUUUUUGUCAAUGGCAAGGAGUUUCUUGUGAUCCGAGGCAUCGAGAAAGAGUCAUUGAGUUGAACCUAAGAUCGUUGAGUUUGAACGGUUUCUUAUCUCCGUUUAUUGGGAACCUCAGUUUUCUUAGAAGCAUUGAUAUUUUCAACAACAGUUUCCAAGGAGAAGUUCCGUACCAAAUAGGUAGUUUAUUUCGAUUACAACAUGUGAUUUUCAGAAAAAACUUCUUCAGAGGGCGAAUACCCACUAGUUUGUCAAACUGUUCUCACUUGAGAAUCCUAGACUUGGGAUACAACCAAUUUAGUGGGAACAUUCCUUCUGAGAUUAGUUCUUUAUCAAACUUGGUUCAACUAACUCUUGUAGAAAACAAAUUGGCGGGAAAUAUUCCACUCGUUCUAGGUAAUCUCUCUUCUCUUAAAGAACUUAAUAUUUCAGGCAAUAACCUAGAUGGAAACAUUCCAGCAUCAUUAGGCCGUUUGAAGAGCUUAAUUCAUCUUCGUAUUUCUAAGAAUAAGUUAUCAGGCAUGAUCCCUCAAUCCAUUUACAAUCUUUCUUACCUUGAAUCAUUCCUUGUUAGUAGGAAUCGACUCCAUGGAUUCUUUCCUCAUAACAUUGGCUUUACUCUUCCUAAUAUUUGCUUCUUUCAAGUAUGGGAGAACCAAUUUAGUGGACGAAUUCCAAUUUCCUUUUCAAAUUUUUCAAACAUUGAGGAAUUUGAUAUUUCUUUCAACAAUUUUGUGGGAGAGCUCCCUGCAAUUUUUGGAAAUUUCAGGAAGCUUACGAGGGUACGUAUUAGUCAUACUAGUCUUGGAUUAGGAAAAAUAAAUGACCUUGACUUCUUAACCUCUUUCAUCAAUUGUACCAAUCUCAAAGUACUUGUUGUACAAGAUAAUAAAUUUGGAGGGGCCUUGCCUACGUCCAUAGGAAACCUCUCAUCUCAACUUACAUUUUUAGCACUAGGAGGUAACCAAAUUUCAGGAAACAUUCCUCCUAGUAUUGGCAAUCUAGUAAGCUUAAAUGCAUUAGAUCUAGCUGGUAAUCGUCUUACUGGAGCCAUCCCUAAGAGCAUUGGAAAACUUCAUAGCUUAGUCCUAUUGUAUUUGGGUGGUAACGAAUUAUCUGGGGAGAUCCCUUCAUCCUUUGGAAAUCUCACAAUGUUGAACCGUCUUGCGUUAGAAUACAACAAUCUUCAAGGAAACAUUCCCUCAAGUCUUAGAAACUGCCAAAGCUUACAAAUAUUGGCCCUUCCUGGAAACUUUCUCAAUGGUUCCAUUCCUCCAGGUGUAAUUGGGAUAUCAUCAUUUGUAGCAUUAAUACUCUUUAGAAAUCGUCUCACUGGAACUCUACCUCCGGAAGUUGGGAAAUUGAAAAAUCUCGUCAAUAUGCAAAUUUCCCACAAUGAGUUGUCAGGCAAUAUUUCAGAGAAUCUUGGGGACUGUGAAAGCUUAAGAUGGCUGGGCUUGGAUCAUAAUAAGUUUGAAGGAACAAUUGAUUCAUUGAGUUCAUUGAAAGCGAUUGAAGAAAUAGAUGUUUCAAACAAUAACUUGUCUGGAAAAAUCUCAAAAAACUUUGCCAAGUUAGUCUUUUUGUCAAGUUUAAAUCUCUCUUACAAUGAUUUUGAGGGUCAAGUUCCAACCGGAGGUAUUUUCAAUUUCAGUGCGAAUCUUUCUGUUGUUGGUAAUGACAAGCUUUGUGGUGGUAUAGCUAAAUUAUCCUUACCACCUUGCUCUGAUAUGACAUCAAGAAAACACAAUAAGUUAUAUCUUGCAAGAAAGUUAAUAAUCUCUAUAGUUUGUGGCAUUUUUGGACUUUGUUUGAUGUUGUACCUUUUGAUUUGUUGUUGGUUUAAAAGACAUAAAAAGGAAUCUUUAGAGUCUUUGUGGAAUGAUGUUCCAUUCUUGAAUAUUUCAUAUGGGGAGCUCCUCAAAGCAACUGAUGGGUUUUCUCUAGAAAAUCGCAUUGGUACUGGCAGCUUUAGUUCGGUUUUUAAAGGAAUUCUUGAACCAAAUCAACAAUCUGUAGCAGUGAAGGUCUUCAACCUACAAAAAAGAGGAGCUUCCAAGAGCUUUGUGGCUGAAUGUGAAACACUAAAAAGUAUUCGACAUCGAAAUCUUGUGAAAAUCAUAUCUGCUUGCUCGAGUGUUGAUUACCAAGGUAAUGAUUUCAAAGCCCUCAUCUACGAGUUCAUGUCAAAUGGAAGUUUGGAAGAUUGGUUAUAUCCAAAGCCACAAACAGGAGAAUAUCAAAUGAGAAUUUUAACUUUAUCUCAACGAUUGAACGUGAUCGUUGAUGUGGCGUUGGCGUUAGAUUAUCUUCACAACCAUGGCGAAAUGCCAAUAGUACAUUGUGACCUUAAGCCAAACAACAUUCUUCUUGACCAAGAUAUGACUGUCCAUGUAGCUGAUUUUGGUUUGUCAAGGAUUAUGGAAGAUGAUGAUACCCAAAUCUCUCAACCAAAUUCAAGCUCUGUUGCAGUAAGAGGAACAAUUGGAUAUGCUGCUCCAGAAUAUGGCAUAGGAAGCAAGGUCUCAACCGAGGGAGAUAUGUACAGUUUUGGUAUCCUCUUGUUGGAGAUUUUCACAGGGAAAAGACCCAUUGAUGAUCAUCUCGAAGAUGGCAUGAAUCUUAAUCAAUUGGUCAAAAGAGCUUUGCGCAAAAAUGUGUUGAGGGACAUUGUUGAUCAAAGCCUAAUGAUAACAUUUGGACAAGAGGAGGAGGAGGAAGCAUCUAGUAGCCGUACUGUGAUGGAAAAGAGUAGAUGCAAAAUACAUGAAUGUUUAGUUUCGGUACUUGCAAUUGGUGUCAAGUGUUCAGAAGAAUCAUCAAGAGAGAGGAUGAAAAUUAGUGAUGCUCUUAAGAAACUGCAAGAAAUCAAAAGUACAUUUCUUAAAAAUAUCUAAGGAAACCGAUGAAGAGAUGUUUCACUUUCGCGUUGAUUUUGUAGUGUGUUUUUUUGUCUUUUCUAUGAUGUCGCUUAGGUUAGUAAUAUGUUUUUGCUAUUCAAAAUGGUUCAUUAAUUUCUUGUGGCUUUACGUACUUUGCUGUGAAAGUUUUAUGAAUUUGUUUCUUA